AUGGAUAAAAUUAAGAAGAAGAGGACCGCCGUCAGAAGGAGGGUCACCUUGCUUCAAGACGUUGAGAACGAGCUGGCGAAACAGGACACUUCACUGGAGAAGCUUACUUGCCACAAGGAGACCCUAGAUGAUCUCAAAGUGACCAUUGGUGCCUUAGACAACGAGUAUCUCGACUCCAUGAUUGCUGGUGAACACGAUGAGGAAUUAGUCAACGCAGAGACGGAUUGUGCUGCAGAAUAUGAAGACAAGAUCAAGCUGGGCAUGGUGAAAAUCAGAGGUUGGAUGAAGAAGAAUGGACAUGAUAGUGAUGCAAAGUCCAGUUCAUCUGACAACGAUGAGAACAAAAUUAGUGAAAAGAACAGAACCUAUAAGUUGCCUAAAACAGAAAUCAAAAAGUUUAGUGGGGCGCUUAAGGACUGGUUAGGUUGGUGGUCGUACUUUAGACAAAUCCACGACGAUGAAGGGCUGCAUUCCAGUGUGAAGUUCCAGUACUUACGACAGUCGAUGACCGAAGGAACAGAGGCAGCAGAAAUAGUAGACGGAUUUCCACCCACCGACAAGAAUUAUCCUUUAGCAGUGGAGGCACCAAAGGAACAGUAUGGUAGAGAUGACGUCCAGAUUCAAGUUUAUGUGAGAGAGCUCUUGGGACUUAUUAUCAAGAAUGUGACUAACAAGGAAAAGUUCCCGUUAUCGAAGCUCGUCUUGCUCGUCUUGAUGAAGACUCAUCUACGGGCGUUGCAAUCGCUGAAUAUUGGAAAUGCAAGCCCUGAGACAUUCUUGUUCCCCAUGGUAGAAUCUAGUUUACCUGAGGAAGUGUUACGCGCCUGGCAGAGGAACCCGAUGUCCCGACAGAACGGAAGUUUAAUGGACCCACCGAAAACAAAGCUGUCAUUAUUGGUGGAGUUCUGUGAGACGGAAGUGCGGAGCGAGCAACAAAUUAAUUUGGCAAGAGAUGGUUUCGGUGUAAAUGUACUCCCGGAUAAAUUAAGCAAGAAAGGUCAACGAGAUCCAAAGAAACUGGGAGGAUCCGAGUCACCUGCAACAGCGGCUGCACUAUUCACUUCCGACAAGUCCAAUUCGUGCAUAUUUUGUGAUAAGACGGGACACAAUAGCCCAGAGUGCUAUAAAGCAAGAAAGAUGUCGAUGGAUGAAAAAAAUGAGAAGAUUAAAGAACAAAGAGCUUGCUUCAAGUGCUUGAAGAGAAAUCAUGUUGCAAGCAAAUGCAAAGGAAAAGUGAAGUGUUUCAUUUGCGAGAAACCUCAUCAUCAGGUGAUGUGCAGCCAUAAGCAAUCAAAAGAAGAAGAGGCGGUCACUGAUGGGGUUAAAACAAUGACCAAUAUUCAACCCACCGUAGCAAUGAAGACCUCUACUAAUGAAGAUAAGGUCGUCCUCAGAGGAAUAAUGAGGGUUAAAGUUUCUGGCAACAAGAAUCAGUACAGAGAGGCCAGAUUACUGAUUGACUCGGGGAGUGACAUCAGUUAUAUUAGAGAGGAAUUUGCAGAAGAGCUUCAUUUGACUCCGAUUGGGAAGAAAGUCUUCACAACAGUAUUUGGAGGUGGAUAUGAUGUGUGUGAGAGAAAGCAGUACAACGUGAAGUUAGAAGGCCUACCUGCAGGGAAGAAUAUGCUAAAGAAGACGGAGGAAAUACCACUUUUUAGUGCAAGGACAAUUUGUGGCGACUGUGCUCCAAUUCCCGUUGGCCCUUGGAUAAAAGAUUUGCUAAAGCUGAAUGUUGUCCUUACAGACACUUACGUUGAUUCUCACAACAUUGACAUCCUGAUCGGCUCCAAUUUAAUAGGAAGACUUGUAACAGGAAGGAUGGUCAAAUUGAAUACAAGUGUGAUCGCAACCGAAACAACCAUUGGGUGGUACCUGAAUGGAGAGCUGCCGAAACAGAAGAGUCAGACCUUGGCAGCCAGAAGUAUUAUUAUGUGCACCAGAACCAAGGAAUUAUCAGCUUUAUGGGAUCUGGACACUCUUGGAAUUAGUGAUACAAUACAGAAAGGCACUCAAGAUGAGCAUGAAGCAAAAGUUAAAGAAGAAUUUCAGAAGAACUUGGAGCGGGACAGGGAUGGGCGAUAUGUCAUUAAACUGCCGUGGCUUACCGAGUCGAUGAGAAUCCCGGACAAUCGAAAUGUUGCUAUGCAGAGACUCGAAUCCACUUCAACCAGAGUCGUGACAAAGGGUGAAUUCGAAAACUACGACAUUUUUCGGGCUUGGGAGAAAGAAGGUAUCAUCGAGCGUCUUGAUCGAGAAGAAAAGCCCACAGGACAUUAUCUCCCUCACCGGCCAGUCUUUAAGCCAGAAAGUCUGACCACACCAGUUCGACCCGUCUUCGACGCGUCGUGUAGAGUUGGAAAUUAUCCGUCAUUGAACCAAUGUCUCGAGAAAGGCCCAAAUUUGCUGGAAAUAAUUCCGAAAAUACUUAUCAGGUUCCGGGCAAAGAAGGUGGGAGUCAUUUCAGACAUCCGCAAGGCUUUCCAGAUGAUUGGAGUGAACCAAGAGGACCGGAAGUUUCAACGUUUCUUGUGGUGGAAAGAUUUUGAAGCCAAAGUAGUGCAAGAAUAUCAACAUUGUCGUGUUGUAUUCGGUAUGAACUGCAGUCCAUUCAUACUGGCUGCUGUUCUUGAAUUCCAUCUCCUGCAUUUACCAGAAGAAGACAAGAAGGCAGGAAUGGAACUGUUGAGGUCGCUGUAUGUCGACAAUUGUGUGACUUCCUUUGAAUCAAUUAGCCAAUAUACGGAAUUUAGAGCCGAGUCAACAGCAAUUCUCCUCCACGCUAAGAUGGAUCUUCGCGAAUGGGAGUCCAACGCGGAUGAUAAGAUGGAACGAGAAGUGACGUGGGUGCUGGGCUAUAAUUGGGACAAGUCAAAGGAUGAAAUGUUUUGUGAUCUUCCACUCCACUUGGGAAAAGAAGACUUGAACGUAACUAAGAGGACCGUGCUAUCCAUCGCAUCUCAAGUAUUUGAUCCGAUCGGCUUCACCUCCCCCACCGUGCUCCAAUUGAAAAUUAUGUUGCAGGAGGCGUGGGCUCAAGAUUUGAAAUGGGAUGAGUUAUGGGGUACAGAAGCCAUCAACAAAGUGAAGACGUGGUGCGAGGAGGCACGAGUAUUAAGCAAGAUCAGAAUUCCAAGAUGGGCAGUAGGAAGUAUUGAUGACCUGGAGCUUCACACAUUUACAGACGCCAGCCAGAACGCUUAUUCAGCAGUGGUGUUUGCCAGAUCGACCAGAGAGAGUAAUGUGUGUGUCCAGCUAUUGAUGGCGAAGUCCAGGGUGGCACCAAUGAAGAAAGAAGAUCCCAAGAAGAAUAACAAGAAAAUAACAAUUCCUCGAUUGGAACUUAUGGGAUGUUUGAUUGGUGUAAGAUUAGCAAAUACAGUGAAGAACGCCCUCGGAUAUGAAGAUGUGAAGAGUUACUUCUGGAGUGACUCAACAACAGCGUUACAGUGGAUUCGGCGAGACGAGAUAUGGAAUACUUUUGUGGGCAAUCGUAUUAAGGAAAUAAAUAAGAAUUCCAAUAAAGAAGACUGGAGACAUUGCCCCGGAAAGCAGAAUCCGGCAGACCUUCCGUCUCGUGGGUGUUCGCCGACCGAGCUGUUGAAUUCGAAGUGGUGGGAGGGACCAGCAUGGUUGAAGUUGUCAAAAGAAGCCUGGCCCCCCAUUAAAGAAGAAGGUGUCGUCGAGGCUUUGGUGCAAGAAGAGAAGAAGAAGUCUAAUCUGACUUUAAUCUCGAGACACGACUCCCCCCUUUUCAGCACCAAGUUUGCAUCAUAUCAGAAGAAUGUAAGAGUAUUGGCGUAUAUUUUGAGGUUCGUGGGAAAAGGAGCAGUCAAGAAACCUUAUCCUAAAUUCAUGACGCCGCCCGAACUCAGAUUUGCAGAGGUAAUACUCAUCCGUGUAUUACAACGUCAAUAUUUUCCUGAUGCGAAGAAAGUGCAACCAAGAGUAAUUUUGAUGGAGGACAAUUUGCUGCAUGUACGGACCAAGUUAGAAUAUUCCGACGACAGCGAUGGAUUCCGAUUUCCGAUGCUGCUACCUGCAAAAUGUCAAUUAGUUCAGGAGCUCAUCAGAGAGAUGCAUCGAUUUCACGGGCACGGAGGAGUGCAGUUUACGGUUGGAAAACUCAGGGAGAAAUACUGGAUCCAACAAGCUAGAAAAACUGUCACUCAAGCAAUCAGAGGAUGUGCCAAUUGUAGAAGAUUUGAUGCCAAACCCUUUCAAGUUAAUCCAGUGGCGUUACCAGAGAAGCGUGUCACCGUGGGCGAAGUAUUCAGUACCACUGGCGUCGAUUUAGCGGGACCGCUUUACCUCAAUGACGGAAAGAAGUGCUGGAUUGUGCUAUACACAUGUGCAGUGUACCGCUGUGUCGAGUUGGACAUCGUGCUCUUCUCAGUUUAG